UCUUCUCUAAUGUCCCUUCGGCGCCGGAACUGCCUAUGUAGUUCGUACCGUGUAGGGUACCCUGAACUUGCUUCUCGUCCUUAUCUCUAGCAAGCCUAUCUAUCCGAAGCUACGGUUUUACACUCCUCCCUUAAGUCCACAUUAGACAACAUGGCGGUGACAUCUCUACACCACCCUGUCCCGCCGUCGCCACGCAUCCCGCCUACCCCUCCAAUACAGGACUUCGACGAGUACGAGAAGCGAGACCUCAUCCUACCGGCGUCAUACAAUGGCGAGCACACGGCUCGGCGGUAUCCCCUUCCGCCGGCAUCGAGGAAAAACAAGGUGCUGCCUGAGGACCUGAAGACUCCCGACAACCACGUGGAGAGAGACCCCCGGCUCAUCCGGCUGACGGGCGUCCACCCCUUCAAUGUGGAAGCUCCAUUGACCGACCUCUUCAACGAGGGGUUCAUCACGACCAAGGACCUGCACUACGUCCGCAACCAUGGAGCGGUGCCGCGGGUCGAGGACGCCGAGGUGCUCGACUGGGAGUUCACCAUCGAGGGCAUGGUCGAGCACCCGGUCAAGCUGACGCUGCGAGACCUCAUCCAGACGUACGAGCAGGUCACGUACCCGGUCACGCUCGUGUGCGCCGGCAACCGGCGGAAGGAGCAAAACAUCGUGCGCAAGACCAAGGGCUUCUCCUGGGGCGCCGCGGGCCUCUCGACGGCGCUGUGGACGGGCGUGCCGCUGCCGGAGCUGCUCACGCGGGCGCGGCCCAGGCGCGGGGCCAAGUACGUCUGCUUCGAGGGCGCCGACAAGCUGCCCAACGGGUACUACGGCACGUCGGUCAAGCUCAACUGGGCCAUGGACCCGGACCGCGGCAUGCUGGUGGCGCACAAGAUGAACGGCGAGCCGCUGCCGCCGGACCACGGCAAGCCGCUGCGGAUCGUCAUCCCGGGCCAGAUCGGCGGCCGCAGCGUCAAGUGGCUGCGCCGGAUCGUCGUCACGGCCGCCCCGAGCGACAACUGGUACCACAUCUACGACAACCGCGUGCUGCCGACCAUGAUCAGCCCCGAGGAGAGCGCCAACCUGCCGGACACCUGGCGGGACGAGCGGUACGCCAUCUACGACCUCAACACCAACAGCGCCAUCUGCCAGCCCGCGCACGACGAGCGGGUGCCGCUGACAAUAGCAGGCGGGACGUACAAGCUGAAGGGCUACGCAUACGCCGGCGGCGGCAAGCGGGUCACGCGGCUCGAGGUGACGCUCGACCAGGGCAGGACGUGGAUACUGGCGACCAUCGUGUACCCAGAAGACCUGUACCGGUCGGCACCCGAGGGGGAGAUGCUCUUCGGCGGCCGGCUCGACGUGUCGUGGCGGGAGACGUGCUUCUGCUGGUGCUUCUGGGAGCUCGAGCUGCCGCUGUCUCGGCUGCGGGAGGCGGGGGACGUCAUGAUCCGAGCCAUGGACGACUCCAUGAUGGUGCAGCCGCGCGACAUGUACUGGAGCGUGCUGGGCAUGAUGAACAACCCGUGGUACCGCGUCGUCAUCCACAAGGAGGCCCAUUCGCUGCGGUUCGAGCACCCGACGCAGCCGGCGCUGAUGCCCGGCGGCUGGAUGGAGCGGGUCAAGAAAGCGGGCGGCAACAUCACCAACGGCUUCUGGGGCGAGAAGAUGGCCGGCGAGGAGUCGGCUCCGGUCGAGGAGGCACCCGUCAAGGAGAUCAGCAUGGUAAACGAGAAGGUGACGCGGCAGAUCACGGCCGACGAGCUCCGCCAGCACGACGGCGAGGACCAGCCGUGGUUCGUCGUCAACGGGCAGGUCUACGACGGCACCAAGUUCCUCGAGGGCCACCCGGGCGGCGCGGCCUCCAUCAUCAACGCCGCCGGGCAGGACGUCAGCGAAGAAUUCCUCGCCAUCCGUAAGGCCUCUUUUCCCCUUCCUGACCCAGAACCCCAGAACCAAUCGUUAACCCCUUCUUUCCAGACAGCGAAAACGCCAAAGCAAUGAUGCCCGACUACCACAUCGGCACGCUCAGCCCGUCAUCCCCCACCGCCGCC